UUUUGCCAUUAUGUUAUCCUGCAUUCGACUUGUAUUGUCUAAACCUUUCAAAAGUUAAAAAUCAGCCUUUCUUCUGGGAAGAAUCUUCUUCGUCCAGUUCAGCUGUUACGAAACACAUCUCUUUGGAAAAACGUGAAACGCAGCCUUCAUUUCGUGUGCAGCAGGUUAUAGUUCAAACUACUAGUUUGAAGAAUUAUAAUAAUCAUGGUGUAUUGAAUAAAGACCUAUUACUUUGGACUAUGAAUCUGCACAAUAAAAUUGCAAAUACUAUUGUAGUACUUCCUAAUGAUCCCUCUGGUUCCAAUUCUUUUCCCAAAGAGUAUACUCUUCUGGAUUUUUGUUUAAAACCCUCUGGAAGUAACGAUUGCUUAAUUCAUUCCCCACUUGAUUAUUGGUCAUAUGAUUCAGAAAAACUUUCAAAUGAUUUUUCUAUCCUAACAACUCUAUCGCAAUUUAAUUCAACUUCAUCUUUCGGGAUACCAAUGCCUUUAAGUUCCGUUUUCGGUAAUCCUAUAAUUGAGAAAAAGCAAGGAAAAAUUAUUAGUGCGGAUUCAAUAAUUUUAACUUAUUUUCUGGAAGAUUCUACUAGAGACCAAAUUGUUAAUUCUUGGGAUAUGCUUUGGGAUCAAGUAAUUAAUAAUAUAGAUACAAAAUGUAAUAUUGGUGGUAACCAAAUUAAAGGAAUAAAUAUAACUACUAAAGGAGAUUUAAAACAUUUUUAUUUAGAGGUUAAAUCCACGAAAUUUACUGAUGAUUUCAUCUUUCUGGCGAUACAAUAUUUCAUGGUUUUACUUUAUAUUUUGCUUUCCCUCAAUCGUCUUAAUUCAGUCAAAUCAAAGAUUGGGUUGACUUUUUCAAUGGUGGCACAAUUAUGUGCUUCUUUGGUUAUUUCA